GCUUGCGCACCAAGGCGAGGAGGCUGUUGCGCAGGCGCAACUCGGCGCUGCGGAAUCCGUUUGCUCAUUUGCAUCUCCCCGCCUCGCGAGGCGGCGGGUACGAAGCCUGAGGCGGCGGCGGGGGCGGCACCGCUCGGGAGAGAGAAACAUGGCAGCAAGGCGGAUGGCACAGGAAUCACUGGACACAGUGUUACAGGAGAAAUCUAAACGGUAUGGGGAUUCUGAGGCUGUCGGUGAAGCUCUCCAACUUAAAGCUCAAGAUCUCAUAAGGACAGGCUCAAGAGCCAGAGCAGAUGUCUAUGAGGACGUUCACAGUGACAGUAGGUUCUCUGCCAGUGGAUCUGGAGUGUACUCAUUAGACUUGGGAAGAGAGGGCAUGAGAGGUGACAUGUUUGCGGGACCCUCCUUCAGAUCCAGCAACCAGUCCGUCAGUGAGGACAGCUAUCUUCGCAAAGAAUGUGGUCGGGAUCUGGAAGUGGCCCACACUGACUCCCGAGACCAGAGUUUUAGCCACCGGAAACUGGGACAUUUUUCUUCUCAGGACUGGAAGCUUGCACUCCGUGGCUCUUGGGAGCAAGACUUGGGCCACCCAGUUUCUCAAGAAUCCUCCUGGUCACAGGAGUAUGGUUUUGGGUCUUCAGUGUUGGGGGACUUGGCCUCCUCCAGGCGGUUGGAGAAGGAGAGUCGGGAUUAUGACCUGGACCAUCGUGGGGAGGUAGACUCUGUGUCUAGAGGCAGUGGGCAAGUCCUGGCCAGAGGCCGGUCUCUAAACAUGGCUGACCAGGAAGUCACUCUCCUAGGAAAGGGGGACACUCAAGGUCUGCUUGCAGCAAAGGGUGUCGGGAAGCUUUUCACGCUGAAAAGCAUGACCACGAAGAAAAUGCCUGUUGUCAGUCGUCUUACUUCCAAACCUCAGGGCACUAACCAAAUCCAGAAAGCCACCUCAAGUCCUGAUGUGACCCUUGGAACAAAUCCAGGGCUGGAUGAAAUCCAGUUCGCUGCUCUGAAGAUCCCUUUGGGCCUGGACCUGAGGACCCUCAGCUUUCCCAGAAGGAAGCUGGGCUUUGAUGCCAUGGACAAGGCAGAUGUGUUCUCAAGGUUUGGCAUAGAGAUCAUCAAGUGGGCAGGGUUCCACACCAUCAAGGAUGACCUCAAGUUCUCCCAGCUCUUCCAGACUCUCUUUGAAUUGGAAACUGAGACCUGUGCCAAGAUGCUGGCCUCCUUCAAAUGCUCCUUGAAACCAGAGCACAGAGAUUUCUGCUUUUUUACUAUCAAGUUUUUAAAGCACUCUGCUCUGAAGACACCCCGAGUCGAUAAUGAGUUUUUAAACAUGCUUUUAGACAAAGGUGCUGUGAAGACCAAAAACUGCUUCUUCGAGAUCAUCAAGCCCUUCGACAAGUACAUCAUGCGGCUCCAGGACAGGCUGCUGAAGGGCGUCACACCCUUGCUCAUGGCCUGUAAUGCCUAUGAGCUGAGCAUCAAGAUGAAGACCCUCACUAGCCCACUGGACCUGGCUGUGGCCCUGGAGACCACCAACUCUCUGUGUAGGAAGUCCCUGGCACUCUUAGGCCAGACCUUCUCCUUAGCCUCCUCCUUCAGGCAGGAGAAGAUCUUAGAAGCUGUGGGUCUCCAGGACAUUGCUCCAUCUCCUGCUUCCUUCCCAAACUUUGAGGACUCCACCUUGUUUGGAAGGGAGUACAUAGAUCACCUGAAGGCCUGGCUCAUCGCCAGCGGCUAUCCUCUCCAGGUCAAGAAGGCUGUGCCCGCAGAGCCCCGAGAACAGAAAACCACAUCUCAGCCCUGGGCUGCAAGCACUCUGAGCCAAGCAGUCCCCCAGCGGGCGGAUCACAGGGUGGUGGACACCAUUGACCAGCUUGUCAUGCGUGUCAUCCAAGGCAGGCUGUCACCCAGGGAGAGAACACUACUUCUGCAGGACCCUGCUUACUGGUUUCUGUCUGAUGAGAACAGCCUGGAAUAUAAGUACUACAAAUUGAAGUUGGCAGAGUCACAACGACUAAACCACAGCUGGCCCAUCGUGGAACGGAAGCCAACACCAGCACAGUGCGCAGUGCGUGCUAUGCUGUAUGCACAAGCUGUGCGGAGUCUCAAGCGUAGACUCCUCCCGUGGCAGCGCAGGCGGCUGCUUCGCUCUCAGGGUCCUCGAGGCCUGAAGGCCAAGAAAGCUGCCACUGCCCAGCAUACAUCCCUGUCCUCAGGCACUCAGCAGAGGCACCGUGGCCGCCAGACUGCAGGAGGCUCCUUACAGGUAAAGCCACCACCACGGGACUCAAGUGAUGCUGCCCAGGACUGCCUACCAGAGCCUGCCAAACCCCAUCCUCAGCCCUCCUGCCCUGGAGCCUUGGGCCCGUCUCCUCGGCCAACAGCAGGGGAUGACUCGGGAGCCCUGCCGUCCUCUUCUCCCUGCCCCUCUGCUGAUGUGGAUCCAAAGACCAUGGAGACUGCUGAGAAGUUGGCCAGAUUUGUGGCUCAGGUGGGCCCUGAGAUUGAGCAGUUCAGCAUAGAGAACAGCACCGACAACCCUGACCUAUGGUUCCUGCACGACCAGAGCAGCUCAGCCUUCAAAUUCUACCGGGAGAAGGUGCUGGAACUGUGCCCAUCCAUUUCCUUCCAGUCUACUGGUGAGGUGGGGAACUCAGUGCAGAGCCCCACAACUCGAAAGGAGGGUGAGGGUGAACUGGAAGAGGGGCGUUCCCAGCAGGAGGCUACACUGGAGGGCCCUGAGGUACUGCCUGAGGAGGAAGAAGAUGACGAGGAGGACGAGGAGGAUGAGGGCAGAGAGGAGGCCUGUACCCUCAGACCACAGGCAAGAACUGCCAAGUGUCCAGGCUCUGAGGGCAGCUCCCCCACUGACAGCAUUCCUGGAGAGGGGUCUAGGGAAGACCAGGCCAGCACCCCUGGCCUCUCACAGGCCUCCUCUGGCAGCUGCUUCCCCAGGAAGAGAAUCAGCAGCAAGUCACUGAAAGUCGGCAUGAUUCCUGCCCCCAAGAGGGUGUGUCUCAUCCAGGAGUCAAAGGUCCAUGAACCAGUUCGAAUCGCCUACGACAGGCCUCGAGGUCGUCCCAUAGCCAAAAAGAAGAAACCCAAGGACCUGGAGUUUGCCCAGCAGAAGCUGACAGACAAGAACCUGGGCUUCCAGAUGCUGCAGAAGAUGGGCUGGAAGGAAGGCCAUGGCCUGGGCUCCCUUGGGAAGGGCAUCCGUGAGCCCGUCAGCAUGGGGACUCUCUCAGAAGGAGAGGGCCUGGGGGCUGACAGGCCGGAGCAGAAAGAAGACACGUUUGAUGUCUUCCGCCAACGCAUGAUGCAGAUGUACAGACACAAGCGAGCCAGCAAAUAGGUGCGUGCCAGGACCCAAACCAGCACCUGAUGCCAUCAGAAAGAGUCUGAGUGAGACAAAGGACUUUUCCUGCCUGUGCCCUUCUUUCUGUCCAGGCAUGCACAGGAGGAAACUUCCCUCCACAAAGGGGCUGCCUGCUGGUCCCAGGCUUCCCAUCUCACCUCCAGUGCCUCCGCUGGGCUUUGAGCAUGCUAUCAUGGGAGCAGGCCACCCUUGGCCCUGCCUGUUCUUGCUCAAGGUUUCUCUCAAAAUUGACAGUCCCUUGCAGGGUCAAGCAGCCAGUACAGACUUGAUGAUUAAUGACCUUGCCCAGCCUACAUAUUCCUUCCUGUGGACCUCCAGUGGUGUUCUUGUGAAGGCCUUAGGCCUACAGGCCUCAUCCUUCCCACUCUUGCCCCACCCCCUUUUUAAACAUUUACUGUGUGUCUAUGUGAAGCAGGUGUGUUGAGGUGCCUGUGUGGAGGGCAGAGGACAACUUGUAAGUCAGUUUUCCUUCCACCAUGUGGGACCCUGGGAUUGAACUCAAGGCCUCAGGCUUGGUGUCAAGCACCUUUAUCCACUGAGCCCUGUCGCCAGCCCUCAUUCUUGGUUCUUGACCUUCUCUCCCACAAUGCUCCAAACUCAGUUCUGAACAGCCAUUCUCUUCCUGACUAGAUCAGAGCCACUGGCGACAGAGAUAAGCCUCGAAGCAGCCUUGCCCUUCCUGUACCCUGCCCUGGACGCCUGCAGCCUAAGCCUCGGUGUGUACUCGGCCAGCUCCACAUCCCCGGGUCAGGUUCCACCAGGCCUUGACACUGCACCUGCAGCAACUGCUCUCAGGCACCCUUGCCUUCUAGCUUUUGACUCUGUCCUUCAUCUUGUUCUUCUUUUGUAGGUAGCUCCUCAGCCUUAGUUAGUGCCCAGGGCCUGGCUCCCCUGCAAGUUCUCCACACAGCCCCACCUUCCAGAGAGAGCCCUGCCUUCUGUCUCCAGAGCUUAUCUGGGCUCUAAUGGAGAGGGAGCUCUGUGGAUUCUUGCUUUUGAGCAAUGGUGUCUCAGCUUCUGCAGACUUCUGAGAGCUCUGCAGGCUGAGGCAGGGGGAUUAGGACAAGUUAAAGUCUAGCCUGGCUGUGUAGCAGGACCCUGUCUUGGGAGAGUUCUUAAAAUCUUAGCCCCAGAUGAAUACAGUUUACAUGCCCAGCACAUGCUUGUCUCUGUUCCUGGGGAGUAUAUCCUGAGGAAAACCCCAGCCUGUGCACUUUUGGCCUUGGUGCAGCUCCCACAAGGCGGUGCUGUGACAUUGCUGUGCUGUCUCCGUAGACUCUUUCUGGGCCUCUGGAAGGAUGAGGCACUGCUCAGCUGCAAUGAAUGACUGUCUCAGAGCCCUCCUUGUGCCCAGCACUGCCCAUGUCUGCCACCCCUGAUCUGUGCUGAUACUUUCGCUGGGGUCCAGCCUCCCACCAUGGGGUCUGGUGUCAGCCAUGAGCAUAGCUGGAGGAUCUUGUGUCAUAAUGCUCAGCUUCUGUUGCCCCACUGUGCCCCUUCUUCAUAGCUGCUGCAGUCCCAGGCCCACCUGGCUCUCUUGUCUUGGCAACUCACAGGUCUUUGUAGCUAUGAGGAUCUUCACUGCAGCUGGGUCACAGUCUGACCAUGAGCCAGUCUAUAGGGUGGGAGAAGACAGGGCAGGGACCCAGGCUGCAGCUUCGUCCUCUGGUCUUUUCUUUCACUUUUCUAGCAGCUUCCAUGUUGACUGUGGGUUGGAGCAGGACCCUGGCCCAUGGUGGGCUCUGCAAGUGGAGCACACAGCUUGUCUCUCCAACUUCUCUCCAGGCAUCUGCAUUUUGUGCUGAUCCAUUGGGUCUUCAAGAUGAUUAAGGAAUUGCGGGUAUAUGGCCCUGGUGCCAAGCAAGUCUCCUGUACUCCCGGAACUGAGACUGUCAGGGACCGCCUCCCGACCUGAGAAAUGUCAUUCUUGGGUUCUCUUCUGGGGACAGGGCAGGUGGUGGGGAGCGGGAGCACGUACCUCACACCUGUCUGUGAGCUGUCGUGACCCUCCUCACAUACACCAUGCUGUCCUCACUCUCCUAAGGCCACCUUGCUCUCCAGUCAGGCUGCUUUGUGGGCAGGGCUAUGGAAGAUACCUGAUGCACAUAUGUGUGGCCUUAUCCCUGUCACAGUGUUUCUCCUGUCAUUCUAGUUCCAGGGUCACUUCCACAAGGGCCAUGGAUUCCAAAAGCUGUGCUGGCCUGGCUUGCCGUGGCUCUGGCAUGCUCCUGUUCCUGGAAGUACUUGGUGAAGGUUGGUUCUGGUCCCUGCUAAAAUGCAAAAGAACGCUGAUGAUGUCACACUUGGACGUUGUUGUGUUUGUGAGGAUCUAAGAUGUCAUGGUGUUGUCAUGUCAAGUGCUCAGAAUAAAUGAGGAGCAGACCCAC